UCUCUCUCUCUCUCUCUAUUUCUCCUGCUCUCUUGCUUGCUAUUUCUCUCUCCCUCUUUCCUUCUUUCUCUGUCUCUUUUGCUGUCUUUCUCUAUCUUUGUCUGUUCCUCUUCUAAUUUUCUUUCUAAAAUUCCUCUCUCUCCGUCUCAGUAUCUCUAAUUUGUCAGGCACUCUGCCUCGUUCUAAUUUCUCUUUCACGCUAUCCCUCUCUCUCUUGUGCUCUCACACUCUCUCUCUAUUUUAAUUCUGCCCCUAUCACCAACCUCCAGCUCAGAGGGUGGGAGGGGGGCACGUGGGGGUCUUUGGGCAAAGCAGAGAGAGUGAGAGGACUCAGGUUGGCAAAGAGAAAGUGGUCUCCAGGAACAGUGUGGCUGUAGAAGUCAGCUUUCUCCUCUGAGGGGGUCCUGAAAACAUAGAAUGAUGGAGAUUCUGCUCUGAGGGGACCCCCUCCCCACAUACACAUAGAUCGAAUCCAGGAGCCGAGGGCAGAGGUAAGGAGCCGACGCUGAGCCAUGGUGGCGGAGGAGGUCAUCGUUACAUUGUCCGGAGGAGCCCCGUGGGGCUUCAGGCUGCAGGGGGGAGUGGAGCACCAGAGACCACUGCAGGUUGCCAAGGUGCGUAAGCGCAGUAAGGCAUGCAGGGCGGGACUGAGAGAAGGGGAUGAGCUGGUGUCCAUCAACGACACUUACUGCGGGAAUCUGUCACAUGCUCAGGCUAUGAAUCUAAUUGACAGCAUCCCUGGAGCGCUGCGCAUCAGAGUAAAGAGGACACCGGCUGGCUUCCAGUCGGUAGUUCUGGUGCAACGAGCUCCUUCUCCCCGCAUUGACAAAGAGUACCGUGCUGCCCUUAGGGCCAAAUCCCCAUCCAGCUCCGGCUCCAGACCCCAGCAGCCCAGUGUCCGGCAAGUCCACCACGGCUCAAUGAUGUCCCCGACAGGCCGCAGCGGUCUGACCUCCCCUCCAUGCAGCGAGGCCUAUUAUGGAGAGACGGAUAGCGACGCGGAUGUGGUAGCCCACGAGAAGCAGCGCAGACAGAAGCGACGCAGCCCCAGUAACUCCCCAGGAAAAGGAGGCCGCACUUCACCUGAGGGUGGAGAAACUUCUGAAAUGAGCGGCUAUGACAGUGCACCAGACAUCCUGGGCUUCAGCGUAAUGAGACCUGAGGGGAGAGAACAUAGCUUACCUGGGGUUGCUCGCCGAGAGGUUAUUUACCAGCCCCCUCCAUCGGGAGCUUGGUCCUCCCACACCUCCACUGAGACCUCUUCAAUAAGCGCAGAUGACCAGAGCCCUGUAGUCAUAGAAGAAGACAGCGGGUUCCAGGAGCCCGCAAACUUGCCUCCACUGGUGUCUCCAGAGAGAGCAAAGGAAGCACUGAUGCUAAGCUCACGAAGACAGUUGGUGCCCAUGGUUGGGCCAGUUGACAAACCAGUAGAUGAAGAGCUUACAAUGACCUACAUGGAUAAAGCCAAACAAGCCAAGCUUAACCGUGGGGAGUCACAGCAAGACAAGCAGGUGAAGGAGGCCCAAACCAAGUGCCGUACCAUUGCUUCCCUAUUGACUGACGCACCGAACCCCCACUCCAAAGGUGUUCUUAUGUUCAAAAAACGUCGCCAGCGCUCCAAGAAGUACACUUUGACAAGUUAUGGUAGUGUGGAUGAAGAUAUGCAGCCAGACUCUCAAGAAGAGGACGGUUUCUUCCCUGGAAGUGAAUCAGAGUUUGACGAGGAAGGGUUUAGUGCAGCACCUGAUCCCAUCUGGGACAGUGAAGUCCUGGACAUGCUGGAUAAGAGAUCGGCAUCUAGGGGGUUAGAAGGCGAGGAAAGAGAGGAUACUUUGAGCCCUGGCUUGAGCGACACUAUAGGAAAAGGGGCACAACUAUUUGAGCAACAGAGGAAGAGAGCUGAAGAGCAUGCAAAGAAGAUGGCCACAGUUCAAGUACAGAGUGAGACACGGACACAACAAAUAACACAAUCACAAGGGCUAGAGUUGUCUGUACAGGCAGAAACAAAACAGAAGCCCAGUGUCCAGCCACCACCAGUUGCACCAAAACCUGCUAGACCUCCAGAAUUGAUGCUGCAAAAGGAGACUCCAGCUGCAGAGACAUUAAUCCCAGUACCUGCACCUCAAGCUGCUGUUAGAAACGUGGAUAUCAGCAGUGUAUCCACUGAGGUGCCUAUAACAGACCAACCAAUAACCUCUGUAUCGACCGUAAUGGCUCCACCUCCCACACCUCUGCCAGAGUUGCCAGCGAGCUCAGUGUUAAACCGCACAGCUCGCCCCUUCGCCCCAGGGUUCAUAAGUCACAGAGCAGCCACUGCACCAGUAGUAUUCCGCCCUACCGUUGCUAAAAAGACUCCCAGACCAGUGUCAGUUGCAGUAUUGGCCCCUUUUUUUACCACAGCAUCAGAAGAGCAGCCCAUGGAUGCUGCAUCUACCAAUGUGUCAAUAAAUCAGAUAACUCCUGCUGCUCCUGCUGGGAUGCCCACCACACUUGCCCCUAUGCCCCCUGGCUCUAUCCCACCUCCUGCUGUCAUACCAGAUUCUUUACACUCACAUCCACCACAUAUAUCCUCAUCGAUGGACAAUGAUUUGGCUGCAUCCCCUGCAGCACAGACAGCAAUGCCUGCUGAUUCAUCUUUUCCUACUGCCGGAAUUACUGCUACCACUCCCCAUGCUGGGCUCACUGCCUCCACUUCUAUAACAUCUGUGCCUCCCACUGCAGCUCCUUUCCCAGAGACCUCAACGAUUCUUGCAGGUCCUGCAGCCCUUGUAACUCCAGCUACUCAGGCAAGUCCUGCUAGUCCAGAUGUUCCCCAGUCUCCAGUUGUGUACAGAGAGAAAGCUUCAGGGGCUGGCAAUCGAACUGGCAUUCUUCAAGAAGCUCGCCGUCGAAGUACGCACAAGCCAAUGUUCACAAUGCCUGAAAACAAAAAUAACUCACCUAACCCUGAGCUUCUCUCUUUGGUGCAAAAUCUGGAUGAGAGGCCCAGACAUGAAUAUUCAGAACCUGUCCCUGUCCCUCAAGAAGAUUUGAACAGCAUGGAUAGCAGAAGGGGAAGGAUCCCACCACCAGUGGCUCCUAAACCACGUGUCAUCCCAGAGGUGUCCCAAAUUCCUCAAGCAGAAGGGAAGGGUGCUGAGCUGUUUGCACGAAGACAAAGUCGCAUGGAUCUCUAUGUAGUUGAUUCUACACCUGCAACCCCUCAGCAACAGCAACAGCAGCAGCCACCUCAAAUGCAGCCUCAGCAGCAGUACAUACAGCCUCAACAGCAGUACGUACAGUCUCAACAACCUCAGUCUGUCAUGGCCAUGAUUCAGCCACGAGAGCCUUCGCCCACCCCAUCACAGUGGAAGUACUCCCCAAAUGUACGUGCUCCACCACCCAUUGGGUACAACCCUUUGCUGUCCCCUUCCUGCCCUAUAGGGCUACAGCGUGGGGGUGCAAAGCAUUCUGAUGGAAGCUCCAAGGUGGGUAGGAGUGGUUAUGGAAUCCAAAAGGAAGGCAUCAAAGCCAUAGAUUUUAUGAGGCGACAGCCUUAUCAACUCAACCCGGCCAUGUUCAGUUCUGGAGUUGGCUCAAGUACACAGUUCUUAGGUCCUUCUUACCAGUACCAAAGACAAAUGCAGGAGGGCCACACUUUAACCCAACCUAGACAGGUACCUGUAAAGACGGCUCGGGUGUAUGAGAUCAAACGCUUCUCAACACCUACACCUAUGUCGGGCUCCACAAUAACACCCACUGUGAUCGCUCCUCGCUCGCGAACCACACUUGCUGAACCCAUUUCUCUCUCUCAUAUGACCUCCCCUCCACCAAUGACUACUCCUCAUUCAUCUCAGCAUGUUCACGUACCCACAGCCAUGCCCACACGAGCCCCAGGUCUGCCAGAGCUCCCCAAAAUUUCUUCCACCCCCAUAGGUCACCCUGUGCCCUACUCACCUCCAGCUCCCAUGUCCAGCAUGUUGAGCCUAAACUACUCUGGUCUCCAGGCUGCCAAACAGUUCAAAAGCGCCCCAGAACUUAGUGCCCUGCCGCCCCUGAGGCCUCCAGUGCAGGUACCCAAGCCUCACUUUAUUGCUACGAGGGCUGGAAUACAGCCCCAUGUCUGGAGGCCUGGCACCUUGCACCACUAAGAGGAUGAUGCUCUCUGAUACAAGAGAAUGAAUAAAACCUUGCCUGCUCAUGGCCCCAUCAAAUUAGCUUUCUGAUGACACUUGGUAAUAUUGUUUGAUUUUCUAGUAGAGUAUUUAAGAGACUGAUUGUAGUUUUUUGGGAGGUAUUGUAAGGCUAUGUUCACACAGCAGGUAAAUGUAUUAUAAUAAUAUUAAUAUUAUGUUUCUUCUCUUACUAAUACUCUUAAUAAGCACAUAUAGCCAAUAUUCUUUUCUUCCAGAGUGCUCUGUCUCCGUCAGCCAUAUGAUAAAAAUAAUGUGUAUGUGGAAUGGCAAUUUUGAUAUAAAAGGUCAGUCGUCUGGUGGUCAUUUCCUCUUUACACGUAUACUAAAAGGCCAUACCGGAUCAAGCUUGCUGGCAGACAGUACUUUUUGCAUAGUAAAUAAUUAUCAUAGCAACAGUGCUUUCAUCAAAUCAGCAAAUUUAACACUUUAUUUGAUAUUUUAUGCAAAGGAUGUGUAAUGCAACCUUUUAGGUAUAAAAAACACAUGCUUUGUACCAUUAAAUUGGAGAUCUAUCACGGAAACCUGUUUGUCGUUGUGAUCGAUUUUCCAUUGAAUGUGAGCUCAAACUUGUGUAAAAUGUUUUUUUCCCCCCCAUACCACUACAGUAAGCCCAAAUGUGAUUCCUUUGACACUGCAGCCCUGUCCGUAGCAAAAACAAUAUGUAUCUUGUUAUUUUCCUAGAAAAGAAGAUAUUUAGGUCUGUUAUCUCAUUUUCCUGCCACUGAAACCCUCCCUCACGGCUGUCAUCACAUAAAAGUCCUGCUGUGUUUCAUGAAUGUAUUGAAUUUCAAUACUACAUAUGAAUGUUUCUCAAAUCCAAUCCUUUUUCAUAAAUGUACCUGCUGUGUAAAUAUAGCCUUAGUUAGCCUUUAAUUGCACUGGUUCUGAGUACAAAAAGCACUAUUUAAUUAGCUUUCAUUCUUGUAACUACAAUCUACAGUACAGAUUGACACUUUACAUAGUAAAAUAUCUGUAAAGCUCUAUAUAUCAAAUCCUGUCGAUUUUUGUUUUAGCAUUUCAUAUCGUAUUUCACAAAGCUGCUAGUUUUAAAAUCAUGUAAGAUGAUCUUUUAGAAUUCAUGGCAGAGGUUUGCAUAGAAGAUCAUCUCCCAGAGCAGUCUCAAGUCAUUGACUGCUAUGUAGGGGUUAUGGGGUGAGCAACAUAAACUUUAGGAGAAGAAUCAUAUGCAGGCAAAGCAUUUAAGCAAGUACAGGAAAUGGACAAAUGACUGGACUGACAAUAUUGAAUCCAUAGGAUUCCUAAAGAACGUUGGAGAAGGUUCUUUGGAUUGUUGACUGUUUGGAUUUGCUACACUGGCAAAGCACCUGGGAUAGCUGGCCUAAAGUUGUCCCUCUAGAGGCAGCUUUUGGUUUUGCUGGGUCUUGGAUUGCUUGAAAUAGGGGUUUUUGAAUGUAGCUGUUGGCCACCCUGGCUCCCACAGACCUAUCAGAAAUGAUAUCUCAUCUGGCAGAGUCUGGAUGGAACAGGUGCAUGGGUGUCAGAACCUAUUUGUGGGAGCAAAGUAAACAGCGAACCAGGAUCGUCCCAAAGGGUCUUGACUAGAUGUGUGGCAUUCAUGAACUACUCAUCUUAUAUUAAGCAGAUGGCAUAGAGACAGCUCAUAUAUGUGUUAUUAAUUGUUUUGAACAGUGACUUUACAAGAUAUGAGGUCAAACCAGCAUGAAGUAAAAGCACAGUCUUGUUUGAUAGACGCAAAAAAUGGCCUAAAGUACGAAGCUGAGAAUUGGGAGAAUUAUUAUUAUAUAUAUAUAUAUAACCAGUGACCCUCGACUUGCUUAGACAUCCUGAUACAGGUGUUUAGGUAUGGUUAGAAAUACAGUCAUUUAUUAAUUAUGGAAUUUGGAGAGAGAUUCCGUUUACUGUUAUUCUUGUAACAUAAGGGACAAUUUAGAUUUGUUAGUAAGAUGGCAAAAUUCACAGCUAUUCUGUGGUAAUUGGAUGUGAUCAUUAUUAAGAGAAGAAGGGAAUCAGAAAGCCAGGCUGAUCUAUUGUCAGGCUGCAAUGAAGGAAAUAGGAAGUUGUACAGGAAACAAAUAUGAAAAUCUGACAUUUAGUUUAAUAUACAUAUUUUUUUAAUUGACUAGCCAAAACUUGAAUUAGAUAAAGCGCUGAACAUCUAACACAGAACUCGCCUAUUUACUCCUCAAUGACUCAUAUGUUCUUCAGUAAACUGUAACUAAACAUCAUUGUGAUGAUUACUCAUAGUUUAAUCAUACCUUAAAAUUACAUUAAUCGUUUCUUACAAACUCACUGGAAGAGCUAUUUUAGUCCACUUAUAAAAAAAAUGUUUUAAAUGGUUAUUUUAGCAAUCACAUAGUAUAAUCACUCUUAGGCAUUUAGGUCAUGUUUAGAACAAGGUGUAGAGCUUUAAAGCAGAGUUUUACAAUCCUGGCCCUGGAGACACACUCUCAGUGCUUUCCCUGCUCCCAAAACACCUUAUUCACUAAAUCAGCUUAUUAACAAUCAAUUCAGAUUGUCAGUGGGUGUUAAAGCAGGUAAUCCACUAAAUGUGCCAGGCAGAGAAUCUCCCAAUCUCAGGGUUGAGAAACAGUGAUCUACACAACCUUCACUUGAUAAAAAUGUUCUUUACUAAUUUAAAGGAUCUCUAUUACAAACAUGCUCCUAUUUGAAACCAAAAGUGUUUCAUUAAUGGCAUCUGUCAAAUAACCAUUUAAAGCACCUUUAUAUUAAGAGUGUAAUCUGAGGGGUCAGUAUGUUUGAAAUGGCUGUCAUGUAUGUUUCUGUGCUUUAUGUAACCAAACUAGUAGACUUUAUGGUAAAUGAGACUGAGUGUAGAAUUGUAUCUGAGUUUAUGAAGCAAAGAUACAAUGAACUGAAUGAUCUUUUGAUGGAAAAACUUAAGUUAUUUUUCAUGAAAUAAAAAUAAACUGAAAUACA